AUGUUACCAUUUAUAGAAAUAAUAAUCCUAACAUGUAUUCUUCUAUGUGUUCUUAUACCUUUCAAUGGUAUAACAUAUUUACCAAAUGAUCAUUUUUGUUGUUCAACAUUCACAAAUAUUCCUAGUAUUCUUUCAACAGCAUUUAUUGUUUAUAUAGGUCCAUUUUGUUGUAUAUUAUUUAUUUAUAUACAUAUAACAAGAUUUAUUCAUCACCAAGGAAAUAUUCAAACAUUAGUAAUUAAACAACGACAAUCUCGAGAUUUAAUUAUUAUUCGACGUAUUUUAAUUAUUAUUAAUUUAUUACUUAUUUUUGGAAUACCUUCAAUGGUUCUUAUAUUUAUGUUUAUAAUAACAGGUGAAGAGAAUCCAUUACUUGCUCGAAUUUCAUUGUUUCCAGGUAGCGUAUCUGGAGCAGUAUUGAGUGUAGCAUUACUCUUUUGUAUUCCACAACUGAAAAAUAUCGUUUUAAACUUACGAACAACAAACACAGUGAUGCCUGUCAAUCAAACCAUGCGAGUCGCAUUUAUAACUUUCAUAGUUCAAAACAAAUCUCAAAUAUGUAAGAACACAACGCAAUAUGGUGAAUGUUCGACAAACAGUGCAUGUGGAUACUUUCAUGUAAUAGGUGCUCAUAACGAUACAGGCAUUUGUGGUUUCCGCUGGUUAGCAUGUUCUCAUCUUGUACUGUGUAAUUCAUCAGACUAUUCAUGUUCUCAACCUAAUACGACGUGUGUUCAACAUCCACAAUGUAAUGAUCUUCCUGUAUGUUACCCACUUACAAUGACUGAUCAAAGUAUCUGUCCACCAAUGAAAAAUAAGAUCAAUCAUAAAUGGAAACAAAAUGCCAUCACUGUGGCUGGUGGAAAUGGAUUAGGACAAGAAUUAAAUCAACUCAAAUAUCCUCAUGGAAUCUUUAUUGAUCAAAAGAAAAAUAUUUUCAUUGCUGAUUCUGGCAAUCAUCGUAUUGUUGAAUGGAAAUAUAAUGCAGAAGAAGGACAAAUCAUUGCAGGUGGAAAUGGACAAGGAAAUCAAAUGAAUCAAUUGAAUUAUUCAUCAGCUGUGAUUGUUGAUCAACAGAAUCAUUCGAUUAUCGUUGCUGAUCGUUGGAACAGACGAGUAAUCCAAUGGGCUAUUUCCAUGGGGUCCGGACCAGUAAGAUCAGAACCAGCUAACACUUACCAUUUUGAAAAUACAUUUGCUCCGUUAAGUGGUGAGCGUGUAAUCAAAGUAUAUGAGUGUAACGAGGGAUGCUCAAGUUGUUGUGGACCAAAAACAAAAAUUGCACUUACUGAUCGUCGAAUUAUCGCUCGGCACCAACAACCAGGUAAAUGCUGUGGUGAAGGUGCUCACAUUGAUACAAGUAUAUUCUUACGCGACAUCGAGUUAAUAGGCGAAGCAGGCCAAGGAAAACAGGAUUCCUGUUUAGUUCUUCUUGUUGCCAUUCUUAGCUGUACAUGGCCUUGCUUACUUUGUGGUAUGUGUUGUAGCUGCUGUGGUGAUCGACCUAAAGUGCUUCACGUCAAAGGUGGAUUUGGUGGCGAAGCAUUGACCUUCAAGAAUACGGAACUAAAAACUGCUGCAAACGAUUUAUCAGCAAUGAUUCUGCCAUUCAAAAGUUCAUAA